AUGCCGCGCAUUGAUGGCCCUUUCACAGUCACCAAGCGAAUCAACAACAACUCUUAUAGAGUUGAUCUCCAAGGUAAGUACAAUAUCAGUCCUAGUUUUAAUGUUGCUGACUUAUCUCCUUUUCUUGCAGAUGAACCAGAUUUGAGGUCAAAUCCUUUUCAAGAGGGAGGGGAUGAUGCGAUCAUGGAUGAGGAGGUUCAGGAAGCGCAACUUUGGCCGAGGAAGAAGAUGGAAUGGCAGCUUUGGCCGAGGAGGAGACUUGAAGCCGCAGCUUGUACCUGA